AUGCUUCACCGCCCGCUUAUCGAUAAGGUCUUGGCGGACAUGACGAUGUUGAGGCCGUGCUCGGCGUGGCUAUAUCCCCUGCGGGGCAUCUAUUAUUUUGCGUCGCACCGCUACCUUUGGCCUCUUUUCAAGACUCGUCUGAUUCCGAUCGUCCUCCUGUCCGCUUUCAUCUACGUCCUGCUCUUCCUAUUUGCAUAUUUGCCCCAAGUGGCCUUCCUGUCCAUCUUCCAGGGUGUCGGGGCCUGGAUCAAUGGCGCGUUCCUGGUACUAGGGGAGGGGGCGGCGAUUGUUGCUGCUCUUUUUGAAGCCUUCUUUGUCGAUGAGACCCUCGUGGACAUUUUCGACUCGGUGCUCGUGAGUGAGGGCCAUGGCGAACUCGUCACCAUGUCGAGGGUUUUGUACCCCCAGGGCGAUGAUGUCGUCAAACGGCUCGGCAAGCCCACCAAGAGCGCCGUUUAUGCACCGUUCUCACUGCGGCAAAUCGUGGAAUUCAUUGUGCUUCUACCGCUGAACUUUAUCCCGGUGGCCGGAACACCCAUGUUCCUCGUGCUGACCGGCUACCGGGCGGGCCCCUUCCACCAUUGGCGAUACUUUCAGUUGUUGGAUCUUUCGAAACAACAGCGCAAAGAAAGGAUCCGCCGCAGACAAUUGCAAUAUACCACGUGGGUUUCAACCUUCUUUCCCCUGACACAACCCCCUUUGAAGGUCUACCGAGGUUCAUACUAA